ACCCACGCGGGUCAAACAGGCCUCACCAGAAACGCACAAAUACGCCAGGACCGUGAACAGACAGAAAGAUGCAGUUAUCCUUGUUGGUGCUCGCCCUCGGGGUGUCCAUGUCUUAUGCCAUGGUCUGCCCACCAGACAUCUGCACCCGGGUAAGAUGCGCAGGCAUUCGGGCAGAGGACUGCGCAGGAAGAGUGGACGCCAAUGGGGGCUUCUGUGGGUGCUGCCCUGCUUGCAUCCAGCAAGCUGCUGAAGGCGAGCUGUGUAUGUCAUCUCUUAUUCUUCUCGGUGCUCCUCAGAAUACAGAAUGUGCUGAGGGUCUCUUCUGUAACAGAAACACAGCAAAAUGCCAGAAAAAGCCGUGUUCAGUGAAGCUGCAGGAGUUCCAUACCCUUCAGGACACAGCUAAAAAGGCAGGUCAUCACCUCCUGGGACAGUCCCCACCCAGGUGCGAGUCGGACGGGACGUACAGCGCAGUGCAGUGCUCUGGCUCCGUGUGUUACUGUUCCAACAAAGAAGGGGAACAACUCUUCAGGGAUAAACCAAACAAUCUGCUAUACCAGGCCAACAUUUGGGAACAGAACAACAUGAAUUGCCGAUGCGCUGUUGAACAGCACGAGUACAUGAAAACCGGACUGAUUGGCCGGCUGUUCAGAUGCGAGAACAACGGGAACUACGCGAAGGUCGGCUGCACCGGGUCAGUCUGCUACUGCGCCGACGAACAUGGGAAGCAGGUCGGCACAAACACCGUCAACAUUGGCCAACAGGAGUCUUUAAAAUGUUAGAUCGAUCUGUAUAUGAAAUGACCAACUUUUGUUUUCCAUUUACAGACUCUUUUGGAUUCUUUUUAGUCCCAUGUUUUUACUGAAUAGUUGUUCCAUCUUAUGUUGUAUUAUUUCUUACACGUAUUGUAAGCCCCUAACCGGUACCAUUUUGUAGACUUUGUUUUGUAUAUUUUGUGUGCAUGUAUUCUGUCCUUUAUUUGCCUCAUACCUCGAUACAUGUAUACUUUACACGUAUAUGGUGUUAGAAUAAAGUUCAGUACUUCUCUUCA